GCGCCCCUAAACGUCAAAGCUGGAUGUCAGAGGAAAGGACUGAUGAAUGAUUGGACCGACUCCAUUGGGAGGGUGCUUAGGCCAAAAAUGAAGAAAUAUUUUACAUGGGAAAUAAAUCUACGGUCAAUGAAUUGUUUAUUCGAGAUUCUAAGCUAUUAAUACGUUACUGACUCAGCGCUGAUCACACAAUUGAAUUAUUCUGAUUCGGAUUUUUUUCACGAUAAUUUUCCCCCCCUAGAAUCCGCCAAUUUACCGUUUUUUUUUUUGUUAAAGUUUUUUCCUGAUGACAAAGACAAAUUUAAGGUUGGAAUUGGCGAUGUGGUUGUCGGAUUAUCAUAGUUCCGGUAAUACCGUUGCACCCGCAGCUGGUUACGGUAAUUUAAGUCUUGGCACGGAUCGAACGAAGUGUGCGACGAAAAUUAUCGACGGUUGGAAAAGGAAAUAAAUAAUAUUAAUGACUUCAGCGGGAGCAAACGAGCGAACAGCCCACCGCCUAGCCAACGACACAUCCCGCUCCACAGUCUAUUACACUUGUCUGCCUGAGUGUAGCAAGCAAUCUUCGGUGUCUUCUACAUAUCCUGCUAUAGCUCUUGACGCGCGAUCACUCCUGGUGAUCCUCUGCUAUCGGCAAAAUGAGACCUAUUCUGCUUCAGGGCCAUGAACGGUCUCUCAACCAAAUAAAAUUCAACCGUGACGGUGACCUGCUUUUCUCAGUGGCAAAGGACAAGAUUCUCUGCUCAUGGUUCUCCGCAAACGGUGAACGACUAGGCACUUAUGAAGGCCACCAGGGUGCCGUGUGGACUGUCGAUGUUACUCCAAACAGUGUUCUCGUCGCUACCGGCGCCGCAGACAAUACCAUCAGACUGUGGAAUACGAAGACCGGCGAGUGUGUCAAGGUGUGGGAUUUCCCCACGGCGGUCAAGCGGGUAGAGUUCAGCCCGGAUGGCAAGCGGUUAUUGGGCGUAACUGAGAAGCGAAUGGGAUACCUGGCUACGAUUGUGGUCUUCGAUAUACGGUACGGUGAUGGGGAAGGAAACAACUUGUACGACCAACCCGAAGAACCUUCUUUGAAAAUCACAUGCGAGGAGAGCAAGGCGACGGUUGCUGGCUGGAGUUUCUUGUCGAAAUAUAUCAUUGCUGGACAUGAGGAUGGCAGUGUCAGCCAGUAUGACUCCAAGACCGGAGAGCAGCUCGAAAAUGUCCAAGCCCAUGAAUUCGACUACCAAAUUAACGACAUCCAAUUCUCCCCUGACCGAACUUACUUCAUCACUGCAUGCAAAGAUAAGAGUGCCAAGAUUAUCUCCUCUCGAAACCUCGCCAUCCUUAAAACCUACGUAGCAGACACCCCCCUCAAUACCGCCGCCAUCACCACCAAGAAAGACUUUGUAAUUCUCGGCGGUGGUCAAGCAGCCAUGGACGUCACCACCACUGAUGCCCGACAAGGAAAGUUCGAAGCCCGGUUUUACCACAAGAUCUUCGAGGACGAGAUUGGCCGUGUCAAGGGCCACUUCGGCCCUCUGAACACGAUUGCCGCGCACCCUCUCGGCACUGGCUAUGCCUCUGGAGGAGAGGACGGAUACGUGCGUGUCCACCAUUUUGAUAAGCCGUAUUUUGAUUUCAAGUACGAGGUUGAGCGGGAGCAGAUGCUGAAAUGAUGUCCCGGGAGAGAACGGAGGAGCUUUAAUUAGGUAUUGCUGGUUGGUUGUUGCUUGUUGUGUGCUGAUGAUGGGGAUGGGUCGAGAUGGACGGGAAGUUGUUGUGGGUGUGUUUUUAUUUUUCUUAUUUCCUUGUUCUUUUAACCUCUCUCUCUGCCUUUCAUUUCAGCCUAUGCGCUCCUCUUUUUCCUCAUGUUUCGAGUGAUAGCCUCCGAUUUCAUUUGUUUCUUGUAUCUCUUUUCCUUUUAACGUUAUUCUAACGCUGUCACAUGGAUAUCUGCUUUUUUAUUUUAUUUUAUUU